GUAUUUGGACUCUUUUUGGCUGGAUUCGGUGGGUAUCUACUCUACCAACUCACCUUCUACACUAACCAAAUUGGCGAUGUGACCAAGAUAUUCCCCGUUGCUGUUAUUGUGUUGGGGUUCGUUAUUUUCUUCGUCGGAUUUCUCGGUUGCUGUGGCGCCUGCUACGAGAGUCCCUGCAUGCUAAUAACGUUUGCUGCCAUCGUCGCCAUUCUCUUGUGCCUCCAGAUUGCCGUGGCUGUAUUCGUCUUCGUGUACAAAGACGAGUUGAUGGAGUUCUUGUCAAAUCGUUUCGAAAUGGUGUUCAACGAUUCUAACGGGGCGCUCAGGGAGCAGAUUGAGCGUGAUUUGAACUGCUGCGGCUUCAAGAAACCCGAGGGCCACUGUUUACUCACCUUGUUUGUUCGAAAACCGUGUUGGGAUGUAAUCACUAGUAAGGUGGAGUCGUCAAUGUACAUCAUAAUUGCGACAGCCGGGACGUUAUGCCUGAUCCAAAUUGCUGCCAUCAUAGCUGCCUGCUGUCUACAAUCGAAGAUUCGGAGCUACACAACUUAUUAA